AUGCGGGAACUGCUCGCUGCUGUAUUUGUUCUUAUCGUUGUUAGAGCAUCAGACAUCGGUCUUAAUCUACCGUGUAAUCGUGAACUGGAUGGCCUACUUGCUGCCGAUCCAGACGGAAAUCCAUCGGCAUUCUUAUCAUGUCAAAGCAAUGGAGUUGGAUCAUUGGGUUACUGGGAAAGGAGAGUAUGCCCGGACGAUAUGGCCUUUGACUUUAUUAAUCAACAAUGUCAACAAAGGAAACAUCGUAAACAGCCGAUGCUCAAUAUUGCUAUCCUCAACAAUAGCUGUGCGCACGGCGAGACUUGUAUUGGCGGUACGGUAUGUGACCUCGAACGAUUGAGGUGCCUCUGCCCUUUCGGAACAGUACCGCAGUUGGAGACAUUGUCUUGUAUUAAGCCGCAGUCCACAUACACUUCAUUUGGAAACUAUGAGAAGUCGCCAUCCACGCCAGCUGCAUUUCUGCCGAAUCCGUCGCAGACCAACCCACCACCGUUCACAUUCAACUUCAGUCCGCUUUUCGGCAAGGAACCCUUUACUAAUACUAACUAUGGGAAUCAAAACAGCAAGUACGGUAAUGUGGACAACGUCUCAAACAAGGAGCAUGCUUCAUUCCCAAACGGCAACAACUACGGAGCCAACGGUCAAUGGGGCAAUACCGCUUCUGGAAGUGGGAACAGUAAUGGAGGCUUAUUCGGUGGAGCAAACACCUUCAACGAGUUGCUUCCAAAGUCUGCGAUAGAAUCGCAACCAUUUGUAUUUCAACCGAAUUUCUUCGCAUCCACAACGGCUCCUGCUAUUUCAACGAAGAAGGUCCCAACUCUAGCUCGUCCCGGACAGUCAUGUCGUGAGAAUGAGAUGUGCAUUGGCGGUUCGAUUUGCACGCAUCCGAUUGCACUUUGCCUAUGCCCUGGUGAACUGGAAGAAAAAGACGGAGAAUGUGUUCUUCCACCUUCAGCUACUAUCCAGAUUGAGAAAGUGGGAAUAGGAGCACUAUGCUCGGAGUUGGCCGAAUGUGAUCAUGGAUCAACGUGUGUGAUGGGUCGUUGCACCUGUGUGGCUCCAUUAGUCCAACAUGAAGGCCGUUGUGUUCUAAGACAAGAACGCAAAGAAGUCGGACCCGGUGAACUAUGCGACAACGGUGAAAUAUGCGUACGUGGAUCAGUUUGCGAUACAGUGAUACCAGUGUGUGUAUGCCCACCUAACACCGAUUUGAGCAACGGCGAUUGUGUUCAUAUCUCUUCAAUUAAGCCAAUAAUUGUUGCAUCCACAUCAACGGUCAUGCCACCUACAGCUGCGAUGUCCGAAAUUCCUCCUCCACUCCCUGCUACUCAGCUGCCAGCACAACCAAGACCUGUGUUCAUCCCUUCGACCACACUAGCACCAGUAUUUGUGCCAUCUACUACUCAGAUUCCACAACAACCAAUGCAACCUUUCGGCGGACAAUAUGGACAAUCUCAGAAUGUUCACCAAGAGAAACCAAUGACAGCACCCAUCUAUCCGGCGCAACCUAAUCAGGUCACCUAUGCCAACUAUCAGUCAUCCAUGCCACCACCCACAAUGAGACCGAACAGUAAGCUGAACCACAUGAAGAUCUCACUUGGUGGAAGCAAGCAGUCGGGAGUUGGAGUGCCAUGUUCGCUUAACACCGACUGUAUGAUUGGAGCAUACUGUAAUGGAAACACCAAUCCUCCGUCGUGUCAGUGCCUUUCCACCCAUGUGAAUAUUGAAGGGCGUUGCGAAAGAGUAGUCUAUCCUGGGCAAGUUGGAUGUCGAAGCGAUUUACAGUGUUCAGCUGCCUACACUGGAACAACAUGUGUGGAUCGUAUCUGCGUGUGCCCUAAAGGCUUUAAGGAAGUAGACCAAACCUGUGUACCAGAAUAUGCAAAUCGUAAUGAGAAGUGCGGCUACCUCAACGGUCUUCCGGAAUGUUCGAAAGGAUUCUCCUGCAUUGAUCAGAUCUGCGUGUGCCCUACUACUCAUACAAUAACCAACGGAUUUUGUUCAAGUAACACAAUCGACCCACUAACCCAGUGUGAUGAAGCAUGUGAACCUCCAAAACAAUGCCAAAAUAAUCGUUGUGUGUGUCCGGAUGGUGUGAUGUGUGCAAAAACAGAAAUAUCCCGUCGAUAUCGUCGUGGCGUAGUUGAACAGUCAAUGGUAUGCUGGCCUGGUGCUUCUCGAUGUAGUGCCGGAAACGGCAUCUGUAUUGACAACGUGUGCCAUUGUGUACAUGGAUUCGUCGAAGUUGAUGGUGUAUGUGCUCCGGAAGUUGUUCGAAUCAACGAGAAAUGCGAUCCAAACGGAAUUUCUCCAAGAUGUCCUGGAAACACAGUCUGCAAGGAUGGGAUUUGCCAAUGUACUACGCCUGAUGAAUGUGAUCGAGAUUCCUUUAUGGUUGGAUCUAGAUCUAUGGAUGGAAGAUGUGUAGCUGAUAGAGAAUGUCAAGAUGGAAGAUGUAUUGCUGGACGAUGUCAGUGCAACGCUGGAUUCACCCUUCAGAAUGGUGUGUGUACCUCGACUAUCGGAGCUUUCAAAAACAUCAACAGUCAAUGUGCAGCCGCUGAUCGCUGUUCUGGUGGAUCUACAUGUCGUGAAAAUAUCUGUCAAUGUGUAGAUGGAUCUUCAGAACUCCAUGGAAGAUGUCGUCAAUCACCAGGAGGACGCUGUAGUUAUGGUCAAACAUGUGAUGGAGGAUCUAGUUGCGAGUUCGGAUUAUGCCGCUGUCCUGAAGGACACAUCGUGGACUCCGGAAAAUGUGUAAUGGGGAAGGCAGAGCCGGGAAAAUCCUGUCAACAUGGGCAAAAAUGUGUGCAUGGAAGUGUGUGCAGAUUUGGGAUGUGUGUUUGUAUUGCUAAGUACAUAGCAUCGAAAGGAAGAUGUGUUCGAAGAGAAAACGUUUUGGUUCCUUCACGUCCCAAACCUUCAUCUACAACGCCAAGUUCAACGACCCUAAUGAAAGUUGGAUCCGUAAAGGGUCCAGGAUUUGAGUGUCAAGAGGGGGACUUGUGUUCUGGUGGAUCAAGAUGUCGAGAUGGGUUCUGUGUAUGCAACGAGUUCGAGGUGAUCAUUAACGAUCAAUGCGUUGGAAGCCACAAGCAGGCUAAUGAGAUAAUUGACAAAUUACUAGUUUCCGCUCCAGGUCAACCUUGUGAAGCGAAGACGAACUGCACAGGUGGAUCAGUGUGCAUCAAUCGCACCUGCACAUGUGAACAAGGCACCAUUGACAACACUGGUACUUGUGGUGAAGGCAAGAAAGAGUACGGUAGUAAUGCUGCACCUCCAAAGAAGAGUCCGGAUCAGUUUCAGCCAGGGUUUACCUGUACACUAACCUUAGAGUGCCCCUAUCGAACUGAAUGCAUAAGAGGAGUUUGUAGAUGCAAGAAAGGUGAGACGAUUGUUGAAAACACUUGCAGGAAGGCUAUUCAUCAAGUGCUUCCCGGUGGAAAAUGCGAUCCACGCAAAGGUUACGACUGUGUAGGAGAAGCACACUGCUUCUAUGGGGUAUGCACGUGCACACGACAACUAGUAAACAAUGGCAAGGAAUGUGCAACCAUAGCAGAAAUCGAGAUGGUAAUGCCUGGAAAAAGAUGCGGACCAGGGCAGACAUGCAGCGGUGGAGCGAGGUGUUUGGACGGGAUCUGUAGGUGCUCAGAGGAUGAAGUUCCCGACGUGAACAAGAAAUGUGUGAAAAAAUCUCAAGUUUAUCCAGUGUUCAACAAGUAUCCAGCAACAAGUGAGACUACUACAGUGUACUAUCCGAAUACUGUAUCAGUAACACUUUCAAGCACUUCUGCAAAUCCAACACUAUCAGUGGAUAAGAUGAAGGAGCUCGAAGCUUUCGAGGCUCUUCUAAAGGCGAAUCCAAGCUUUUCAGAAGUAGAUCCAAAGCUCCCGAAGACUAUAUAUGGACACAUUUGCAGAAGUAAAGACGAAUGCCCGGCUAACUCGUUCUGCUUCCAUCAACUCUGCCGUUGUAUGAUUGGAUACUAUGCAGCUGGAGGUUAUUGUCAGCCAAUCGCAGACACUUGCGCCACUCCCACAACUCCGGGGAAGCCGUGUAGUACAACGAUAGCACAUCCUGGAGAGGAUUGUACGAAAAGCCAAGUGUGCUCCUUCAACAGCUAUUGUGGACUGUUUAGUGGAGUGUGCGAAUGUCCAAGCGGAAUGGCGACUGUGAAUGGACGAUGCGAAAGAACUACUGCUACGCCCGGAUUAGGAUGUGUGACGUCGAAGAAUUGUCACAACUCGAGUUAUUGUGACAAUGGGUUAUGUUUAUGUAAAACCGGCUUUCGGCUAGUGAAUAAUUUUUGUGAACCAGCUUUCGUUGGAGGAGCUGUACCAAGUACGACCAUUAAGCAGAGCAAUCCUCAAGAUGUGUCAACCAUGCUCAGGUCAUUCCAAUCAUAUCCAGCUUCUUUGAUUCCGCUCGACUUUACCAAGCCUCCUUUCAAUUUUCCGAGCAAUCCUGAGAUCAAGACUGUCUAUGGCAAUGCUAACUCGCAACAAAUGACACCGCCGCUCUACGCCCAAUCCCAAAUGCCAAAAUUUCAAAGCUUCCCAAUUCCUUCUGCUAAAGGUGCUAGUACUAGGUCUGGAGAUGUGAUAUCCGAGGGUGCAAAACCAAGCUUGAGACUAAGAGUAGCAAUGCCAGGAGACUAUUGCGGAGACAACUCAAUCUGUAUAGGUAAUUCGUUGUGUCAGAAGCAAUUCUGUCGAUGUCCUCCCAAUACUUAUGCCGAAAAUGGCAUCUGCAGUAUACGCAAACGAAUGAGCCCAGGAUCACAACACAGCAAUGAUCAUGAAGAUUUUGGAAAUAUAGACAGUCAAGAAGAUUCCGUCGAAAGCCGUCAGUUCGCAGAACCGCUAGAAAAUUGCCAGAACUUCGAGUUUUGCACUGGUGGUUCCGAAUGCUCAAAUAUCCAAGGGAUGGGACUUGUCUGCCAGUGUCCAGUAAACACUAUUUUCUUGGAAGAUGAGUGUGUUGAUACUCCGAGAAAUGCAGAUCUAGUUGGAAUUGGUGAAUCCUGUCAUGAUGGAGAGAUCUGCUUGGGUGGAAGUAGAUGUAUCCAGAAUAUUUGUAUGUGCGAUGAGGAUAAGCACGAUAUACUUGGAAUCUGUGUGACCACCGCUCGUCCAGGGGAUGAUUGCAGCGACGGACAAAUUUGUGUUGACGGAGCUGUAUGUGCAGCUUCUGCGAAGACUUGUGUCUGUCCACCAGGAAGAAUCUCGAAGUUGGGAAGGUGCGUGGAAAGUGGGCAGCUUCUGGAUAACGCUCUAGAAAUGGGAAGUCCAGGCAAGAUUUGUGGGCGACAGACGACAUGCGGUGAUAAUUCGUUCUGCAGUGGUGAAGGGAUCUGCAUGUGUAUGCCAAGAUUCACAAACGUUAACGGAAGGUGCGUACCAAGUAGUAUGGUCAGAAAUCCGGGAGAGGAGUGCCAAUUGGACAACAUAUGUGCAGGAGGAAGCAUGUGCCGAGAAGGCGCUUGUAGCUGCCCACUGGGAAAUCUUCUUAUCGAAGAGAAAUGUGUACGAAUGACGGAUGAAAUUAGAAGGCGGCCAUCAAAAAGCGAAUGUGAAAUCGACACUGACUGCCCGGAACAUUAUCAAUGUGUAAAUAACAUGUGCGUGUGCCAUGGAAGUUUCGCCCGCUGCUUGAGGAUGGUUCUUUUGAGAGCCGAACACAGUUGCCGAGAAGACGCUCAUUGUCCUGAGCACGCCACUUGCAACGAGAAUUUAUGCGUUUGUGAUGAUGGCUACAAAAUGGUCCAGGGUGUUUGUGCGCAGAGAGAUUCGUUCAAACGGAUGGUAACUAUGAAAGGGACAAAAACAGUUAAGGAUACGAAGAUGAAAAUAACGAAACCUUCGGGACCAGGUGCAGUAUGUGAUGACUCGCAUCAUUGUACAAUGGGUUCUGUUUGUUUCCAUGGGCACUGUGUUUGUGGAUUAGAAAGUGUACCCAGAAAUGGUUCUUGUGUACCCAGAAGUGGAAAUAUUGGCGUUAAAGAGCGAUGUUCGGAACUUCACAAGUGCUAUGAUACCCUUGUCUGUAUACAGAAUCGUUGUGCAUGCCCUUCUGACAGUUUAUCAUGUAACGAAAAUGAGCCGGUUACCUCUCCUCCAGGCGGUGCAUGCACGGAUUCGAGAAUCUGUGUCGGUGGAUCCGUAUGUCGUGAAGGUUGGUGCAUCUGCCCCGAUCCAACCAUGAUCGUACAGCGAGGCAUCUGCAUCCAAUCAGGACCACGACCAACUCUUCCUCCAUCGCCGACAUCUGUCUUUUCACAAGUACAACAAAAGUAUCUACCGAACCCUGCAUAUCAAACUGUUGCUGCCCAAAGUAUAGCACCAACUGCAACACAGUUCAAUAUCCCACAAGGAAGAAAAAUUCCCCCGGGAUCUAACUGCGGACCGUUUGAUAGUUGUGUGGGCGGAGCGAUGUGCGUAGACGGUCUUUGUGUAUGUCCACCCGGCAUGCAAGCGUCAGCGCAAGGCCGCUGCGAGACGUCCACAUCAACCACAUCAUCGGCAGCGAUUCUGAAUCCAGGUAGCGUGCACGCUACAGAGCUCACCUAUAAUCAUAUGCAUCAUCUGCAAUCACGUCCUCGUCCCCUUCCACCAUCAUCAUCGCUGGCUGCAACAGCUGCUCUACCGCAAACCGUCACGCAUGCAUCAACACCAACGCUAACCAACGCUAAUACAGCUUCAGACGCAGACGAAUGUGCUGCAAUUGGCUUGUAUUGUCGUGGCAACACAGUGUGUCGUAACCUUAGCUGUCAAUGUCCUGACGACUACGUACUACACCAUGAUGGAUGUGUACCGCCACAUGAGGCUGGCCGACGAAAAGUGCUCGGCAAAGCAAGGCAUCAAGGAACACCCAUGUAUGCAAGACCUGGACAGCAAUGUGCAAACGGCGAGACUUGUGUAGCUGGAAGUGUUUGCAACGAAGUAAAGGUUUGUGCAUGUCCACCCGAAAAGCCUGUUCUUCAAGGUGACAGUUGUGUGGCUCAAACGUAUCGAAAAAUUGCCGCUCCUGGAGAAUCAUGUGACGAAAAUACGGAAUGUACCCAAGAGAGCUCGUGUCAAGGUGGACAGUGCCGAUGCAAGUAUGGAUACAUCGCCGUUUCUGGACAAUGUGUUGCUCUUCCUAUGCCAUCUACACCAACGAUGAAAAACGUCGUUUUAGCUAAACCGUUGGACAGCUGUGAUAAUGGAGAACUUUGCGAAGGAGGAUCAAGCUGUGACCAAGAAACUGGUGUUUGCAUGUGCCCACCCGGCUACAUUGUCUUUGGUGUGCAAUGUCAACCACCACCGCUGUCAACUGCCAUGACUCCUCUUCCUCAGUCAGCACCUACGUAUCCUGCUUCGUUCAAUACAGCCUCCCCCGAAUGCGUUGAUGAUACGAACUGCGGAGUGAAUAAAGUUUGUGUUGUGGGACGAUGCAAAUGCAAGCCCGGAUUUGUGGAUCAUGACGGUGUUUGUGAGCCGCUUGAAAAGAUAGAGCUUGGCGAACGUCCGGUGCCGGUCUCCUAUGCGAAACACAAAGUGGAGACGUUGUCAUCGGAACGUAUCGUCGAUCCGGCAGAAUUCACGGAUAGCACAACGAUGCCUGUCAUACCGUCACCACGCACACCAUCCAGACAAGAGACACAGCGUCCACGUAUCGUUGGGCCACCUAUUCGGCGACCAAGGCCGAAGAGCAAGGGAAGUAGCGGCACGACGCUGGGUUCUUACAAGACGGGCAGCGGGAAUGGAGCGUGCCCACCUGGAAAUGAGCCGACACGUGACGACGACGGACGGCUUAUCAUGUGCAACGGACUUGAACCGAAUUGCCCACCUCGAUCCUACUGUUACAUCACAUCCGGCGGCUUUGCUAGCGAAGAGUAUAACUGUUGCAAGUCAUGCGAUACAUGCACACAAGGGUCAACAUGUAUUGACAUGGUGUGCAAAUGUGGUCCAGGAUUCGCCUUGAGCCCGAAUGGAUGGUGCGAAAGAUUUGAAUUCAAUCUGAAUGGAAGAACGACUUCAUCGUUUCAAGAAAAUUAUUUCUUUACCACUACCACCACUACUCUGCAGCCUAUCAUCAUCGAGGCAAUUCCAGACGAGCAUCCGCUCUUCGAAACCACCGCAGCUCAAUCCUCAUUUCGUCCGAAAGUUAUCCGUCAUCGCUUUCUGGGAACUAAAUGUCGCGACAAUGACGUGUGCAUCAACGGUGGAGAAUGUCGUGAUGGUGUUUGCCGUUGUCCGGACAAAUUGUAUGAACGUGACGGUCGUUGCCUUCGUGCUGAUCAACUUCCUCGAGCAGCUCCGAGCGAAUCAUGUGCAAAAGGCGAGAUGUGCACUGGUGGUUCGAUUUGUGACAAUGACUCCAAAAUUUGUAUCUGUGCUGCUAAUCAUGUAAUUGUUGAUGGGAUUUGCAGGAGCAAAGACGCCGCUCCGUUCGCCGCCCCAGGUCAGUCAUGCUCUCGUGGCGAAGACUGCUCUGGUGGUUCUUUCUGUACGGAUGGGAUUUGCCAGUGCGACAGUUAUCACUUUAUAGAGGAUGGAUACUGCAGACAUAUUGCCUCGAGGUCGUCUGAAAUCAGAUACGAGGCGGGUAAUGGACUUCGCUUCAGCUCCAAAGCUUUCACGCCAAGACCACCUGCCACUAUAUGUAAUGAGGCAACUUGUCGACUUCCUGAUUGUUUCUGCUCAGUUACUGGACGUAAACCUCCCGGUGGCCUAGCACCCAAUACCGUUCCACAAUUUGUUGUGCUCACGUUUGAUGACGCUGUUAAUGGACGUACUCUUCCUGAUUAUCGGGAGUUGUUCGAGACAGUCAAGUACAGAAAUCCGAACGGCUGCCCUGUAAAGGGUACAUUUUUCGUAUCACACGAAUGGACAAACUAUGAUGCUGUCCAGUGGCUCUUCCAACAAGGAAUGGAGCUGGCGUCUAACUCAAUCUCACAUGUUUCCCUGGAAGGAACAAGCGCUGAUAGAUGGCUGAAUGAAAUGGAUGGUCAACGUCGUAUCAUGGCGAAAUUUGCCAAUGCAAAUGAGGAAGAAAUUGUUGGCAUGCGUGCACCACAGCUUGCGCUUGGAGGAGAUGAACAAUUUGAGAUGAUGGCUCGGGCAGGAUUCCUCUAUGACAACUCGAUGUCUGCAAAUCCUGGAGUUAAUGGCGAUCCAUUCUGGCCUCAAACCUUGGAUCACUUGGUUCCAUGGGACUGUUACGAUGCCAAUUGUCCAAAGAGCUCUUUCCCGGGUGUUUGGUCUGUUCCGCUUAAUCAGUUCUAUGGGACCUAUCUGCCGCAGAUUGACAGUUUCCGAAGAUCGAGUAUGAUAAGAGCGGCUGUUGAUCUGAACACUACUGUAGAUCAAUUGACGAACAUGCUGUUCUCCAAUUUCGAUCGAAGCUACACAGCAAGUCGUGCUCCAUUUGUGCUCGCUUUGAAUGCCGACCUUCUUCAACUGAACGGAAGAAACACUGGAAUGCAGGCAUUGCAACGAUUUCUGGAGGAGAUCCUCUACAGGAAAGAUGUCUACGUUGUAACAUUGAAACAACUCAUUCAUUGGAUGAAAAAUCCUGUACCACUUAGUCAAAUUGCCCAGUCCGAUGCGGUGAAAUGCUCUCAAGAACCAAUGAGUCAAUAUCCAGCCAUAUCUAGGAGGUUCUGUUCAAAGCCGAACAAAUGCAUGUACCGAACACCGGGCCUAAGCAGUCAAGAGCAUCAGUUCCUCACUUGCUCACCUUGUCCAGAUCAGUAUCCAUGGCUCGACAAUCCAAUUGGUAACAUGACUCCUUGA